AUGGAGAAAGUGUCCCUCAGACGCUGGUUUGACCGAGUGGACGACACCGUGAUCCUGGGAGCGCUGCCGUUCAGAUCCAUGACAAAACAGAGCAGUGUUUCCUCUUUUUUAACAAUUAGGGGUGGUGGCCUGGUCCCCGGCGGGGGAUUGAAUGAAUGUGAGUUUUGUGUGAUUAGAGCUGUCGUUGUUGAAUUGUCCUCUUUUCUUUAUGCAGCCACCGUCAGGCCCAAGGAUGCCGUCACUCACAACCAGCUGACAGCGUUUGGGGAGUAUGUGUCCGAAAUGAUGCCCAAAUACAUCCAGCAGGUUCAGGUGACCUGUUAUAAUGAGCUGGAGGUGAUGAUCCAUCCUGAUGGCGUUGUCCCUGUGCUGACCUUCCUGAGGGACCACACCAACGCCCAGUUCAGGAACAUGAUCGACCUGACGCCUGUCGACAUCCCCUCACGGCAGAACCGCUUUGAGAUUGUGUACAACCUGCUGUCGCUGCGCUACAACUCCCGUAUCCGUGUUAAGACGUACACAGAUGAGUUAACCCCUGUGGACUCUGCUGUGCCGGUCCACAUGGCUGCAAACUGGUACGAGAGGGAGCUGAGUCAGAACCUGCAGGCCCAGUCUGAAGAGUCAGCAUUUAUUUAUUUGAAUCCCACGUCAGUCUUUCUCAGUGGGGACUAAAAAAAGGGGGGGAAAAAACCUGGGUUCAAAUGACUGACAACUAGAAGAAGUUUUGGAUUUGUUUCAGUAGAUUGUUUCAUCCUGCAGCCAUGAAACAGUCUGUGAUGGCUGCAAAAUAAUGUUCAGGGGAAAUGAGACAACUUCAACUCAGUCAAGUUUGUAUGUAUUGCACGUUUAAGACAGCGUCUGCUGGCGCACUCACACUAGGCCCAGUUGUCCCGUACCGUGCUAAAGCCAAUCGCUUCGUCCAAGCAUGCCAGGGGAAGUGUAUCGUGCACUAGUCAAAUGAACUGGACUUUAGGGGUGAAGCAUGUGAGUGCGCCCUAAGAGGCAGAACCAGACUCAUGAUGGACAGCCGUCUGCUGAGAUUGUGUUGGGAUAGAGGGAGAUGCAGGAAGAAGAGAAGGAUAGAGACAAACAACAAAGAAUACGAUCUAUUUAUAGCUACAAUGUCAGUUGACCCUAACCCUAACCCUAACCCUAACCUUUUAAAUUUGUUAUAAAAAAACUGAAUUCCUCUUUAGCGAGUCAAAUAGAUUAGCUGGAGUAAUUGUGUGAUUUUGGCGUUUCUGUGUGUUUUGCCAGGUGUGGGACAUGUUCGGUGUGUUCUUCGCCAACCACCCAGACCUGAGGCGUAUUCUGACCGACUACGGCUUCGAGGGUCAUCCCUUCAGGAAGGACUUUCCUCUCUCGGGAUACGUGGAGGUGAGUGCUGACAACAACACGUCCUGCUGCAACAGUGCAGCUUGGUCUGUUUUAAUCUGCCUCAUCGGUGAAUUAAUCAUUUUGUUUCCUUCCAAAAAUAAAUGCAGUAGUAUUGGCAUGGUGUCAGUGAGACUGGCAGGAUGGAAGCUGUGCCCAGACGUUUAGUCUCAACCUCUGCUGGAGCCUGUGUUUGUGUUUUUUUAUUCAAUUAUUUAUAGAGCUCAUGGUAAUGAAGUCAGGGCUCCCACCGGCCCUGAACACAUCCUCUAUAGUUCCUGCCAAGAAAGGAUAAUUUAUCCUCAAAGUACUUUCAGUAGUACUUUAAGUGCAUCUAUUUCCUUGAAGGAAUAAAUAAUUAAAUUAGCCUCUUAGAUCUGGUUUUAAAAAUGUAUCAUCUGGUCAGGAUCUCAUAAAAGAAAAAGCUCCUUGUGGAUUAUUUCUUGUUACAUUUUUGAGUUUUUUUUUAGUCUUUGGGAUGCAUCAAUGAUAACCUCAAAAACCCUCAAACUGCUUUGAAGAGAUGUAAACAUGCAUUCAUAUUGACAACUGACGCGUGUCUCCCUCCUCAGGUGCGCUAUGAUGACAAGGUGAAGCGCGUGGUGGCUGAGCCCGUGGAGCUGUCGCAGGAGUUCAGGAAGUUUGACCUGAACACGCCCUGGGAGGUUUUCCCGGCGCACAGGGAGCCCAAAGACGCCCCGCCCAAACUGGAGGCUGGAGAGGCUCCUGAGAAGAAAUGACGUCCCUCAUGAUUCAUCCCCACGUUCUGUCUGUCCGAGUCAUUUUGGGAUCCCCCGCCCCCCAACUGAACAAAGCCACCUGAAUAUUUAUGUAAAUAAAACUAAGAAUAAAACAAUCCUGAAAAGAGA